AUUCAAAGCGCGAGGUCGGCUUUGUAGCCAUGAUAGCGAGAUUGCUCUUUCUCCUUUUCUGUGGACAUAUUGCACUAACCCUGGGAAAUGCUCAGAAAUUGCCAAGAGUGAAAAGACAGAGCCUUAAAGUUCAGAUCAAUGCAACAGAUGAUACUGUUUGCAUGAAGUAUCUUCGACCAAGUCAAAACACCAAACUUGAAGGUUUUGUCCUGGGUUAUGGAAGCAGCUUCUUUUCUAAUCAAUACAUUCCUCUACCUUCUGAAGGAAAAACAUACACAACAGAACUUGAUGCGGAGCCACGGUAUUUAAUUUCAGUAAGACCAGCACGCAACUCAAAUAACAAGAAAUCUUGCUCAGGUCGGAGCAAGACACAAAAGCCUCUGCAGCUGGUAGUCGGGACUCUGACCCCAACCUCUGUCUUCCUCUCUUGGGGCAUCUUAGUCAACCCUCAACAUGACUGGACAGCAACAAGUAACUGCGCUAGUGACAGGUUCUAUACAGUUCGCUACAGAGAAAAGGAUAAAGAGAAGAAAUGGGUUUUUCAGCUUUGCCCUGUUACAGAGACAGUGGUGGACAACUUGAAGCCAAACACACUUUAUGAAUUUGGAGUUAAAGACAACAUCGAGGAUAGUGUUUGGAGCAAGACUCUAAAUCACAAGACAGUUCUAUCUAAUAAAAAAGUAAACGGACAACUCCAGAAUAUGUACAAGUUGGUACCUAGUACCCAAACGCAGCUUACUCUAAGAGAUAAUAAGAAGUUAGUCCCUGUCACGAUAAUCAAACAAGUUAUUCAGAAUCGAACACUGUCAAAGACUUCAGAUAUUUCUUCUCUGCCAGGAGCAAUAUUAGUGCACCUUAUUGUUCCAGGUCUCAACGAAACUCAACAGAAACUUCCUUCUCCCCUGGCAAUAGACGACCUAUCUCAAGCAUCUAAGAAACAGAUUGCUAAGAAUGAAACGCAACCAUGGCCUGCUGAAUCCAAAACACCAGAAGUUCAAGAAAUCUCCCCACAGGCCCUGCCAGCUGAGACUGAGAAAUACAGUGGACCUGAGGAAUUUAAAUCAACACGUAAACCAGAAUUGACGCAAACUGAAAGCAUACUGGCUUCUAAUGAAAUACAGCCACAUCCUCCUGGAUCCAGAAUAUAUGAUGCUCCAAAAAGUCCACUGACAGAACUUGCUUCACAUGACUUUCUUCAUGUUACUUCUACUCCUCAAACUUUUGCAACUCCAGAAAUAUCAGACACUGCUAGAAGUACUACUGAAUUGGAAAUAUCCAUGCCUGUAACUACCACAGAACCUCAUUUCUUAGGAACAGCACUGGAUGAAAUGAAGCUUCUUUCUUCAAGACUGAAAACAUCUAGCUUGCCAGAAAUGCUACCCACCUCAGCUGGUAAUGAUAUCUCUCCUCACUUGUCACCUGACUUUCUUCAUGUUACUUCCACUUUCCAAACCUCUGCAUCUGCAGAAAUGUCAGAAACAGAGACUGCUGCUGAUGAAACACAGCCAGUUUCUUCGAGAUCCACAAUACCUGGUAUUCCAGAAAUGGCAACAACAAAAUCUGUAACAAGUGAAUCCAUUCUGGAAUCUUUCACACCUAAAAGUUCUCGUCCUUUUCAGUGGCCAAGGGCAACAUUAGUUCCAAAAGAAACACCACUUGCUCCUUCUAAACUGAAACCAUCUGUUACCCCAGAAGUACGACACGUGAAACCUGCCCCUAAGCCACCGCUUUUUGAGCAUAGCACACCUAAAACAUCUCAGACCAGUGAACAACCAAAAGCAACACUAGCUCCUAAAGAAGCAAAACCUAUACCUUCUACUUCCAAACCUACACCAUCUGCCAGAACCAAAAAACCACAAAUCAAACCUGUUCCCAGUAAAACUUCUCCUUCCAAACCUAAGUUGUUUCUGCACUCAGAAGAGCCUAUGACAAUACAGGCAGCACCCGUUCCCGUGUCGGUCACUACUGAGAAUCCGUAUACAUUUGAACAUCCAAAGACCUCAGAGGUUCCAGCUGAAACACAGUUCAUUCCUACCCAGACUAAAAUAUCCCCUCAGCCAGAACCAUACUCUAAGUCUGAUUUUUGCUGUACCAAUAGCAAUAUUCUAGUCCUUAGAUUGAUUGCUUACCUUAGAGUCUCGGAAUCCAUUGCAUUUAGAAUUGAAUCACCAGGGUCAACAAUAGCUCCGAAAGAGACUCACCAUAUUCCUUCUAAACCUAAAACUUCACCCAAACUUCAUAUCCCACAUGCCACAGGUGUCCUGGAAUCGGUAACAUUUAGAACUGAUGAACCAAAAACAACAAUAGUUCCAAAAGAAACGCACCAUGUUCCCUCCAAACCUAAAACUUCACCAAGCUCAGAGGUGCCACACACCAAACCUGUCCUGGAUCCAAUUAUGUUUAAAACCGAGAAACCAAAGUCAACAGUAGCUCCUAGAGACACACGUCGUGGCCCUUUCAAACCUAAAACAUCACCUACUCCACGCGUUCCUCCAACCAGAGCAAGUCCAAAAGAGAGUCGACGAGUGUCCCCCAAGCCUAAAGCAUCCCCAAGUCCAGAUAUAUCACAGACAAAACCUGCUCCUAAAGACCUGCCACAUACUCCCUUUAAACCUAAAGCAGCACCCAUCCCAGAUGCUUCAUAUACCAAGCCUGAAAUCAUUCCACCAUUCCAUGAGCCACUUACCACUAUGAUUCCUCAUAUUACUGAAAGAACAAAGGCAACACUGGCUCCAACCGAAAAACAGUUAAUUCCUAUCAAACCAAAAGCACCUCCCAAGCCAAGACUGCCACACAUCAAACCUGCGAUACAUCAAACAACCCCACAACCACUUAUUACAAAAUCUGCUACUACCACUGAGCAGACAAGGGCAACAAUGGCUCCAAAAGAAACACUGCUCAUUCCUUCUAAACCCAAAACAUCUGUCGGGCCAGAAGUACCACAGACUAAACCCGCUCCAAGGACGACACACCUGGGAUCAAUUAACCUUAUAACGGUUCAUGUUGUUGAUGGGUCCAAAAUGACUUUGGUGCCCAAUGAAACAUACCAGCUUUCACCGAGGCCCAAAAGUUCUCUUGUAACUGAGAUCCCCCAGUCGAAAACAGCACCACAUAAAACACGUCUCACUUCUGCAAGACCAAAGCCAUCUGAUAAAUCACAGACCAGGCCUGCUCUUACUAGAACCACACUAGCACCAGUUAGAACAAGAACUCCUGGACUGCCAAAAUGGAUUGCCCCAGCAACGGACAGAGAUGAUGUAUAUACACCUGAAGAUAUUGUCAAACUAAUUGGUGCGGAAAUAGAAAAACCUAUGGAACAUAGUGAUACUUGGGAAAAGACAUUCCCUGUAACUACAUCACCUGGCCCUCGCCGUCCUCCGGUACCCCCUGUCAGGCCCACGCAAAUGCGAAGAAAGCCUCUGCCUCCAAACACAGUGACUGGUAAACCAGGGAGCCCAGCUAAACAUGCUGGGCCAACAACAUUUGUGAAGACAGGAGUACCAUAUAAGACACCAACAGCUUCUGCAACUCCAGAUUAUUAUGUUGAUGCAACUGUCUUCAGCUCAAGUCCUACAUCAGAAACUGAUUCUUCGGGCAAGCCAAGAUACCAAGCCCCUCAUGUCAAGUACAUGAAGAAAGAUGAUGAUGUGCCUUGUUCUAUCACAAGCUCCCUUGAACAUUUCCCUCAAGAAGAAGGUGGCAGCAAGGAAGAAGCUACCCGUCCUCCACAAAACCCUCCAACCAACCUCACAGUGGUAACUGUCGAGGGCUGCCCAACUUUUGUCAUACUGGAUUGGGAAAAACCAGACAACGAUACUGUUACUGAGUAUGAAGUUGUGUCAACUGAAAAUGGAGCAAGUGAUGGUGAAAAGGAGCAAUCAAUUAUCACUACAAAUCAGACCCAUUCCACUGUGGAAAACCUAAAACCUGACACAAGUUAUGAGUUCCACGUGAAACCUAGAAAUCCUCUGGGAGAAGGCCCGAGCAGCAAUGUGGUGGCGUUCAAUACCGAAUCAGCGGACCCAAGAGUGAGCGAGCCAAUUUCAAUGGGAAAGGAUGCCAUCUGGACUGAAAUCCCAUUCAAUUCAGACACCUAUUCAGAAUGCAAAGGGAAGCAAUACGUAAAGAGGACUUGGUAUAAAAAGUUUGUAGGUGUGCAGCUGUGUAAUUCAUUGAGAUAUCAGAUAUACCUCAGCGACUCACUCACAGGACAAUUUUAUAAUAUCGGAGACCAGAGGGGCCAUGGAGAAGAUCACUGCCAAUUUGUAGACUCUUUCUUAGAUGGAAGGACAGGACAGCAAGACGAUCUGCCAGUCAAAGAUGGCUUCUUCAGGGCAGUUCGCCAAGAACCUGUCAAAUUUGGAAAAAUAGGUGGCGAGACUCACAUUAACUAUGUUCUCUGGUACGAGUGUGGCACAUCAAUACCCGGGAAAUGGUAGAGCUGAUGGGAACUUGGCAAAGAAAGAGGUCCAUCACUAUCCCCCCCUUCCGACUGCCCAAAGCGAGCUCAAAGGUGAAGAUGUUUAUGGUAUGCCUGUCAUUUAAAGAAUUUUGCUAAUGUGUAAUGGUUUAUACAAAUCUAAUGACAAUACUGCAUUAAUUGUUUAAUAGCAUAGGCUGCUUACUGUAGUUAUCCAGUUUUACAAAUUUGUUUUUUUAGGUUAAAACAAACAGGUUAAGGACAUGGUGUAGGAUAAUGUAUAGGGUAGCUGGCUCCCUAUUCUUGAGGUAUGGUCUAUAUGGUAUUUUAAAAGAUACGGUGUGUAUAUUAUUUAUCACAGUGUUGUAAUAAUUGUUUAAGGCACAGUUAUGGCAAAGUUGAUCAUGGAAUGCAAUGAUGUGUGUUAGUUUUAAAUAUUCACUGUUUUUUGUUAUAAUGUAAAGUGC